AUGGUUCUCAGCCCUGUCCUUCCUCAUGGCUGCGUACCCAGUGUUCUGGGGAGACAGGUGCUGGGCAGGACAAAGGGGUGGCCCUGGGUGCUGGGGAAGCAGGGGGAGGCGUGGAGCCAGCAUCCGUCUGGCUCCAGGGCUGGGCUCCGCUGCCCAGACAGGGGGCCUGCCUGCGACAGACAUUCCCUUCCGGAGCCCGAGGCUGCUUUCGAGAACCAAAUAUCUCAGUGGCAGGACCCACUCGGGAGAGCUGGGGCGAGGCUGGCUGAGGUCCUCGAGGAGCUUGGACUCAGGCGCCUGCCUGGCAGUGGAAUGAUGCUUCCCGACCUCUCAGACCUCUGGGCGCACUUAGAAAGCACUUCACGCCUUCUGUCGGCACACGGCUGCCCAGGGGAACCUCAGGGACAGGGGGCAGAGAUCGUGGCCUGCGAGAUGAUGGGUACCCUGAUGCACUCACGACAGUAUCUCAAAGAUGCCACGCCGCUGGCUGCUCCCAAGAACGAAGCCACCCUCCCAGAGAGGUGGCCGGAAGCCGGGCUGCAGGAGGCUCGACUUUUUAGCCGGAGGAUGCACCGCCUUCUCAGGUGUCCUGGGAACUGCUGAAGGACCAUGAUGGGGAGCAAGCUGGUCCCCAGGACAGAGCAGAGCAGCUGGAACCAAGAAGCGCCCGGAGCCAGAUGCAAAGCCGGCAGAUCUGAGCGCCCUGAGCCGCGGUUCCUGAUUGGACGGUCUUUGCUUUGCCAUCACCCUAUUGGCUCACAGUUCUAGAUGAUUUUGAAUGGUUGGCUGGUCUUUUUUUUUUUUUUU